AUGUACCGAGCCGUCAGUAGCAUUCCAAGAGAGGUUGGCAAAAGUUCACGUGCUAGAACUCGCAGCGUGUCGGUGUCGGUAGCAGCUGGUUAACAUGCACUUUAAUAACAAGGAAGCCUUCCAUCCUUUGGGUAACGCAGCCCGACAUGCUGUUGAUACUGGAAAGAGAAAGCACAUUGUUAAUAUAAAAUUUAGCCGCAUUCGGGAAUCCUUUGUGAGUGUAUCCGAUGUGAAAGUACAUAGAUUACUCGUGCGUUCUAUCAAGGCAUGGUCACGAUUCAUGCUUUAGUUGCUGACUGGCCUUUUGAUUGUUCCAGUUUGUUUUCACACGAGAACAGUAAAUAUUAUAGACAAGUCGGCGCUUCAAUUUUAUUCAGAUUCACCAAAACAGUAUGAUAUGUGCCAAAGUGAUAUGAACAACAUGUGUGCCGAUUACUUAUUCUACGUCAGUCGGGCAGAUAUUUUCUCCGUAUAUCCGACCAUCCUGCAGGAAAUUCUGGUAUUGGAAGACUUAUUUCGGUCCAAGAAAGCCUUCAGGAGUGCUAUCAGUACGGAUAAGGUACAGUUGCAACUACCGAGCGAAUUUGACUGGCAGUUGAAGCAAUAUUUCCGUCUAUUGGAGCAACAGAAGAAAAUCAAUGCUGCUGGAGAUAGUGGAGUUCUAUUGAAAACAUCAUUAGAUUUGAAAGAGACUACUAUUUGGGAAACGAAAGAUAAAUCUCUCGAUGAAAUCUCAUCCUUCUCUUCUCCUGCCCUCGGAGAUGCUUCCUCAACGCAACGUCGAAAGCAACGUCGUUGCUAUCAGGACAAUCCAAUCGACUUUUGCAAUAUUGACGAGUAUAACCAGUGGCGCUUGGAGGACAUUGCACGAGCCGGAAAACUGCUGAAUCUGCCUCCUCUUGAAGUUUCGUUCGAUGAUGAAUUCGUGAUGCGAAAGGUUUACUCUAUGAUAUACGACGUAUUUCGCUUUAAACUAGUUCUACAACAAGUACUUAAAAAUACUGAUUUCUAUGAAAAGAAUCCUCAGUUGAAGCAUGAGACAACACGAGUGUGGCUACUUUUAUAUGAUAUGUAUCUUAGAAAGUUCGCGAAACGGGAACCAGAACUAAUAACUUUGAAAAAUUCUCUUUUCGGUGAAGCCGGUUUACUAGAAAUCGAGAAAUGCUUGGAUACACACAGCAUCCAAAACGCCGCAGCUCUGACUCGGAUCCGCAUUCAAAAUAGUGCCCACAGUUUAAUAGAACUACUGCCACCGCAUCUUCAGGAUGAGAAAGUUGCUGUUGUUGUUUCGAAUCCAAUUGUAACUGGAUGGAUCAAUACAUUUCGUGUCAAAAACAAAAGUAAGGCCAACGAACUGCUUAAUUUUAUUGGACUACAUGUAAUUGAAGAGCACAAUCCGUCCCUCUCAAGUGACCAUGCUACGAACAAUCUCAAAGGAACAUUUUUUGUACCUCUCGCUGUUGGAAAGUACAAGUGGGAUAACUUAUGUCCUCAAGUGAUAUCUAUCUUUCCGGAAAACAGAACUCAAUUUAUUAGAUCGCAAAUAUUCCAACAACAUGAAAUGAUUAUACAAGACCGCUCUUUCAUGAUAGGGCCCGCGAUCUUUGCGAGUUUAUUGGAACUCUAUGAACUUACUGGGGACGUAGUGCAGACGCACAUCUCAUCACCAAGAUCUACUGCCUAUUUGGCAUCUCUUCUGUUCACCUGCCGAAGAGUUCAUAACUUUCUUGCGUUCGGUUGUGGCAAUAAAUUAAACGAAUACAAACAGUACAUGGUCGACCUCGGUGUUAGUAAUGUCAAACUUUACGCAGAAAACUUCAUUGAUGUUCCACAUGGAGCCGGCAUGAUUGAACGAGUUGUCGGUGUAUUCGCCAAUCCACCAAGCUCGUAUUCUGCGGUUAGUGAUCCAAUCGAUUUGAUAUGCAGUCGAGGAGGCGACUUAUCGAUGCUCGAAAUUUUAUCUGAAUCGGAAAUGACAGAAGAAAGUAAGCAACGGGUGUCCAAGCUGUUAGUUGAACAACGAGAAACGCUGAAGCAUUGCAUGUCUAGGCCGCAGGUUCAAAUUAUCCUAUACCAAACUCAUUCAAUCGUACAAACCGAAAAUGAAAUCAUGGUUGAAAAAGUUAUUGAGUAUGUUAACCAGAGAGUUUAUGACUUGCAUUUACAAGCAGCCAAAGAUCGAGAACUAGCUGCACUGGCGGAGGCAGCAGGUAACCAACUCGUGAACAGACUUCUUGGUCGACAGGAUACCAUUAAAACUUGCAAAUCAGAGGAAUAUUGUGACAACCAAUCAGAGGAUGAUGAUUUCAGAAAGCCAUCCAUAGAAGACGUCGAAGUUCCACUAAGUGACCAAUUUGAGACUAUUGAGAUACCAGACUUUUGUCCCUAUCGCGACAGUUGUCUGAGCUUCGCAGAUGAUGGCCUGUUCUUGUCUUUGAUAAAGAGGAAAGAAGUCAUUCGUCUCGAUUCAAAAUAUCUAAUCAAAAUAGCAGAGGUUCGAGGAAUUUUCGGAGAUACCAGUUGCAAUACAGAAUGUAGAACCAACGUGAAAGUAACUAAACGACAAGAUAAGAAACCCGACGAUAGAGAGAAAAUGGAACUUGAAAGCGACAAACGUCGACUCAAGCGCCGCAGUAGCAACAUGGACUCACUGAUCAGUCGUUUGAAUACACCGACACAAGCAUCGUUGAAACGAGGUCAUCAUCAUCGAGUAUCUUCAAUGGAACACAAAUUUAUGUAUUUUGAUCCGUACCAGGAAUGGUGUCCAAGGUUUGCAGGCACCCGAAGCGAUUUUAACCUAUCGGUGCUAAAUGACGAUAAAUUGACGCGUCACUGGACAAAUACGGCUCCACGCGCUCGAAACUGGUGGCGAAAUACAAUCAGAUAUGUAUGUCAACGAAUUCGUUUGAUAAAACAACACUACGGAACGAAUAGACUGAGUCUUCUGCAGCUCAAACAAAACUUUUUCAGUUUUAAACCUGCAUAUGACCUAGAUCACUCCAAGAGGUUUCGAAAUAUCUAUUACAACAGAGUGCCCUAUCCGCUUCCGAUCCGAAUGCUGGAGCUCCGACAGUACAAUUCGGAAAACACGUUAGUGCAAGUCAAUCACUUUAAUUCCAACGAAAAAGGAUCUAGACUAAGUCGACAGAACGCAAUCGCAAGUGGUCAACAAGUAAGAGUUCGUUCAUCACAAUCUUGUUAGAAACAAAAAUUUUGUUACAACAUACAACACUAAGGUCUGGAAAACCCACCAUACGUUUCUAUAUCGACAAUCAAUAUAUAUCAAUUAAAAUGGUGUUCCAGUCAAUAAAAACUGAAUUAAAAGCUAUAAUACAAGAACAUGACAUUAUUAUAACGUAUGUA